AUGUGGCACCCGACGCUGGUGGCCGAGGCGCUCUUUGCCAUCUCCAACAUCUUCAGCUCCCUGCGGCUCAUCGCCCUCUUCACGGCCAACUCUCACCUGGGGCCUCUGCAGAUCUCUCUGGGACGGAUGCUCCUGGACAUCCUCAAGUUCCUCUUCAUCUACUGCCUGGUGCUGCUGGCCUUCGCCAACGGACUCAACCAGCUCUACUUCUACUACGAGAGCGACGGCGAGAACGGCUGCAAAGGCAUCCGCUGCAAGGAGCAGAACAACGCCUUCUCCACGCUUUUCGAGACGCUGCAGUCCUUGUUCUGGUCCAUCUUCGGCCUCAUCUCGCUCUACGUGACCAACGUGAAGCCGGACCAUGAGUUCACCGAGUUCGUGGGCAGCACCAUGUUCGGGACCUACAACAUCAUCUCUCUGGUGGUUCUGCUCAACAUGCUGAUCGCCAUGAUGAACAACUCCUACCAGCACAUCGCCGACCACGCCGACAAAGAGUGGAAAUUUGCUCGCACCAAAUUAUGGAUGAGUUACUUUGAAGAAGGCGGGACGCUGCCCUCACCGUUCAACAUCAUCCCCAGCCCCAAGUCCCUGUGCUACCUGCUCACGUGGGUCCAGACGCAUCUGCGGAGGCGCCCACACGGGACCAGGCUCAACACCUUCGAGAGUCUGGGGUUCCGUGCAGCUGAGAACGUCCGGUCGAACCAUGAAUACCAGGAAGUGUUGAAGAACUUGGUGAAACGUUACGUUGCGGCGAUGAUCCGCGACGCAAAGACGGAGGAAGGUCUGACGGAGGAAAACUUUAAGGAGCUGAAGCAGGACAUCUCCAGCUUCCGCUUCGAGGUCCUGGGCAUGAUGAGGGGCAAGUCUCCCGGUGGACGCCUCGGCAGCUCCACCAUGGCCUACCCGGGGAACUCCUUCAGAUACUCCCCCUACCUGCCCCCCGAGGAGACCCAGAACAGCCUGCACGUGUUCGAUAAGAGGACCAGCUUCUCCGAGGGCCCCACCACCACCACCUCCAACGGGUCCGCUGUGCUCCCCGUCCCAGAGAGGGAGGAGAGUCUGGGCCCCGGGAUCUUCCUGAGGCUGCAGAGGGCCAAGAGGAGCGAGAAGGUGGAGGUGGAGGGGAGACCCUUCCAUGGGGCCCCGAGGAUCAUAUUUCCAGCUGUGAGUGAAGGUCAGAAACCUCAGUGCGGGGCCCCCAUCACUCCAGGAGAGGCAGCCAGACCACACUCCCCCCUAACCCAGCAGAGGAGUCCCAAACCCAGCAGAGGAGUCCCAAACCCAGCAGAGGAGUCCCAAACCCAGCAGAGGAGUCACGAACCCAGCAGAGGAGUCACGAACCCAGCAGAGGAGUCACGAACCCAGCAGAGGAGUCACGAACCCAAGAUGAAGCUGCUGCUGACGGCCUGUUUGCUCUGGGUGCUCUGCCUGCACCAUGUGGAGUCUUCUGCCUACGACAAGAUCGUGGCCCACAGCCGAAUCCGGGCUCGGAAAGAGGGGCCCAACACGUGCGCUCUGCAGCAGGUCAUGGGAACCAAGAAGAAGUACUUCAGCACCUGCCGCAACUGGUACAAGGGCUCCAUCUGUGGCAAGAAGGCGACGGUGUUGUACGAGUGCUGCCCCGGCUACAUGAAGCUGGACAACAUGCGCGGCUGUCCUGCAGUGGCGCCCAUCGACCACGUUUAUGGCACCCUGGGUCUGGUGAGGGCCAGCUCCACGCAGACCUACGCUGACACUUCCAAACUGCGGCCUGAGAUCGAGGGGCCCGGAUCCUUCACCUUCUUCGCCCCCAGCAACGACGCCUGGGAGCUCCUGGAAGAUGACGUGAAGAAUAACCUGGUGAACAACGUGAACAUCGAGCUGUACAACGCCCUGCACUACCACAUGGCCAACAAGCGCUUCCUGACCAAGGACCUGAAGAACGGCAUGACCAUCACCUCCAUGUACCAGGACCUGGACCUCCACAUCAACCACUAUCCCAACGGGGAAAGGGUCGUUUAUUGA